UAGUUUACACCACUGAGGAGGGUGCGGCAGAGCAUCUAUCCCCUUCUCAUGUAAUGGGGUAAGGGCCAUCCCAAGGACCCCGGAAUGCACGGAAGGUUGCACUGUGGUAGUGGGGGAACAGGAAGUUCCCGGCAGGCGGGCACCAUUCUUCACAAUAAGGAAAGCGCCAGAACGGUGCAGUCAAGAAGAUAACCUUUGUGUCCGUUUCAAUUGACUACUACAGGCCGACUCAGAUUAAGUCUGAGGCUGGUAACAUCAACAGUGAGGACAAACACAGCCUGCCUCUCUCCUUCUACACUGAGUUCAAACCUACAGUCACUGGGUACUGAUUGUGACAGUGGAGCCCAGUUUGCACCGCAGGAUCCAGAGAUGGCAUCAGUGAAGCUGGAAGACUGCAGUCAAACACUGGAGCUGAAUGUCAACAUUAAAGAUGAAGAAGAGGAGGAGAAGAUUGGGAAAUCUGUUUCUUCUGGCCGACUUAGAUUAAGUCUGAGUCCGGUGACAUCAACAGUGAGGACAGACCCAGCCUGCCUCUCUCCUUCCACACUGAGUCCAAACCUACAGUUACUGGGUACUGAUUGUGAUAGUGGAGCCCAGUUUGCACUGGAGGAUCCAGAGAUGGCAUCAGUGAAGCUGGAAGACUGCAGUCAAACACUGGAGCUGAAUGUCAAUAUUAAAGAUGAAGAGGAGGAGAAGAUUGGGGAAUCUGUUUCUCAUGGAGACCAUGUUGAGACAUUCUCUACAUCCAGAGAGCAACAGCAGGAAGAUCACAGAGCUAAGAGGUCUCACCAAUGCCCACAUUGUGAGGAGAUUUUCCCAAUUCUAUCAAAGUUAAAAAUACACCUAAAAAUACACACAGGAAAGAAUAUGUAUUUUUGCACUGACUGUGGGAAGAAGUUCACAACAUCAAAGGCUAUGACAGUUCAUCAGAGAGUACACACAGGAGAGAAGCCUUACUCUUGCUCUGACUGUGGAAAUAGUUUUUCUCGACUGGGCGACCUAAAAAUACACGAACGUAUACAUUCAGGAGAGAAGCCUUACUCCUGCUCUAAUUGUGUAAAAUGCUUCACAACAUCAGGCAAGCUAAAAGUUCAUCAGAGAACACACACAGGAGAGAAGCCAUACUCCUGCUCUGACUGUAGGGCGAGUUUCUCUCAAUUGAGCCACCUAAAACAGCAUGAACGUAUACACACAGGAGAGAAGCCUUACUCCUGCUCUGACUGUAGGAAUAGUUUCUCUCAAUCGAGCCACCUAAAACAACAUGAACGUAUACACACAGGAGAGAAGUCUUACUCCUGCUCUGACUGUGGAAAGUGCUUCAUAACAUCAUCUGAGCUUAAAGUUCAUCAGAGAACACACACAGGAGAGAAGCCUUACUUCUGCUCUGACUGUAGGGUGAGUUUCUCUCAACUGGGAAACUUAAAACAACAUGAACGUAUACACACAGGAGAGAAGCCUUACUCCUGUUCUGACUGUGGGGCGAAUUUCUCUCAACCGUGCAACCUAAAAAAUCAUGAACGUAUACACACAGGAGAGAAGCCUUAUUCCUGCUCUGACUGUAGAAAGAGUUUCUCUCAAAUGGGCCACUUAAAAAGACACCAAAGUAUACAUAAAGGAGAGUGGCCUUAAUAGUGCUGACUGUGCAAAAUGUUUUAAAUCAUCAGCUGAGCUAAACGGUCAUCAGAGAUCACACACAGGAGAGAAGCCUUUCUUCUGCUCUUAAUGUGGCAAGAGCUUCUCCCGAUUUGGGCAAUGUAAAAACACACCAAUGGCUACACACUUGAGAGAAGCCUCAUCCUUUCUUUCAAACCAGCUGAGAUUAGUCACCACUUAAUUCUCAUCUCAUAAAAUAAUUGGCAACGUUGAAUUGGAUCAAAUGAAGAAAGUGUAGAACACUCUAUUGUAAUCCUAUAGUUUCUCACUGUGAGAGAACAAUGCAGAGGACAGGGGGCGUUAUAGAAUGUUACCCUCUCUUUACUGAUCAGUGUGCAUCUUGUCAGUUUUGCUGUGUUCUUUUUAGCUUCUACUGUUUUUCUUCACAUUUUCAAACAGCCAUUUAAAUUUUCCAACUGAGCUAUACAUGUGGGUGAGGUUUUUUUCUCGCCUGAGUAGCCUUGUUUCACUGCCAAAAAUACAAUUAAACCAUCUAGUGUUCAGCAAAAUAACAACACAAUGUCAAAUACAGGUAGCCUAGUCAAAUAAUUUACAUCCAAUCACGUUAACCGUUACUCUCUUGCGGGAAUUCCACUAACGGUCCGUAUGUAGCCAAACGUAGCUGCGUCUCAUUCCUUUUGCUCAAAUUGAUUAAUGGUUAAAAAAAAGUAAGGCCCGCGUCCAUGUUGACACAUGGUAGUACUACUACCAGCAGUACUACACCUGCACCUGUCGAUUACACAACUCGUGUCAGCUUCCACGAGCACAUCAAUGCUAGCAUCAGUACUUCUACAUGUUUUGUUAGCCCAGCUUGCAUGGACACUGACAGUUGUGAAUCUGAUGCAGCCAAAGAGCUACUGCCCCUUUAUCGGGGAAAGCACUGAAUAACAGACAGGGAUGUUGGACCAUCGAAGAGGUGCACAUAUGAUGAACUACAUUGAUUUGGGGUUCACUUCUAUUGGGAAUAAUGACUGUCCUCAGCCACAGUGUGUUUAUAUCUCACAACUCAAUGAAACCUUCACUCUUAAGCAGACAUUUAGAAAAAAACAUGCCAAUUUGAAAAAUAAGUCACAGGAGUUUGAGCGAGAAUUAAGACGACUUUCGAGUAGUAGGACAUGUAUAAAAACAACAGAUACCAUUAAUAAGAAGGGGCUAGAAACGUCUUAUACGGUGAGCUACCGAGUGGCUAGGACAGGCAAACACCAUACUAUUGUGGGGGACUUCAUUCUUCCUGCUUCCGCAGAUAUGUCUGGGGGAAAAUGCCCCAAAAAUUAUAGUUUCACGAUGCAUCAGUGACAUGCAGGAGAUGUUUUGAAACAAUUACUGCUUCGCAUACAAGCCAGUGAAUUAUAUGCGUUACAGCCGGAUGAGUCAACAGACGUGGCGUGCAUGGCACAAUUCCUUGUAUAUGUCCAUUACGUUUUUUGGGGGGUCAAUUAAGGAAGACGUCCUCUUCUGGAAACCAGGACAACAGGAGAUUAUAUUUUUAAAGUACUGGACAGCUUUGUGACAUCAAAUGGACUUUGGUGGUCAAGAUGUGUUGGUAUCUGUACUGAUGGCGCGAAAGCCAUGAUAGGGAGACAUCGUGAAGUGGUAACGCGCGUACAAGUAGUUGCUCCCGACGCUACUUGGGUACACUGCAGCAUCCACCGAGGGGCUCUUGCUGCCAAGAGAAUGCCUGACAGCUUGAAAGAUGUUUUGGACACUACAGUGAAAAUGGUUAACUUUGUUAAAGCAGGGCCCCUGAACUCUCGUGCAUUUUCUGCACUAUGCAGUGAUAUGGGCAGUGACCAUGUAACGCUUUUACAACAUACAGAAGUGCGCUGGUUAUCAAGGGGCAAUGUAUUGACAUAAUUUUCACUUGUCUGACCGCUUGCAUGAUGAGUUCCUCACACGACUGGCCUAUCUGGGUGAUGUUUUUUCUCGGCUGAAUGAUCUGAAUCUAGGAUUACAGGGACUCUCCGCAGCUAUAUUCAAUAUGAUGGACAAAAUUGAGGCUAUGAUUAAGAAGUUGGAGCUCUUCUCUGUCUGCAUUAACAAGGACAACACACAGGUCUUUCCAUCGUAUGAUUUUUUUUUUUUUGUGAGCAAAAACUCAAGCUUACGGACAAAUGUCAAAUGUGAUCUUGCGAAGCACCUGAGUGGGUUGGGUGUGCAAUUUACACAUGUACUUUUCUGAAACGGAUGACACAAACAGCUGCAUUCAUUAUCCUUUUCAUGCCCUGCCUCCAGCCCACUUACCAAUAUCUGAUCAAGAGAGCCUCAUCAAAAUUGCAACAAGAAACAAACAAGUUCUGUGAAAAUGGAAUUUAAUCAGAAGCCACUACCAGAUUUCUGGAUUGGGCUGCGCUCAGAGUAUCCUGCCUUGGCAAAUUGCGCUGUUAAGACACUGAUGCCCUUUGCAACCACGUACCUAUGUGAGAGUGGAUUCUCGGCCCUCACUAGCAUAACAACUAAAUACAGGUACAGACUGUGUGUGGGAAAUGAUUUGAGACUCUCUCCAAUACAACCCAACAUUGCAGAGUUAUGUGCAUCCUGUCAAGCACACCCUUCUCAUUAACCCGUGGUGAUUUAUUCACAAUUUUCAAUGAACAAGUAAGGUUUUAUAUGUAAGAUGGUUAAAUAAAGAGCAAAAUGUAUUAUUAUUUGUGCCCUGGUCCUAUAAGAGCUCUUUGUCACUUCCCAUGAGCCGGGUUGUGACGACAACUCACAAUAAUUUCUUAUGUUUAAUAAAUGUAUAGUGUGUGUGUGGCUUACAAUAUUUGAGAGUGCGCUGACCCUGGUGCUAGAGGGGGUACGCAGCUGGAGGUUGAAUGUUUGAAGGGGUACGGGACUAUAAACAUUUUGGGAUCCACUGGUCUAGAUAGUCCCGGUUUCUCCUGUGUCAUGCUGAUGGGGAGACCAGGGUAUGGAGAAAACCAUGAGUACAUGCAUCCAUGCCGUGUGUCAGCAUUGCGGGCUGGUGGUGAUGGUGCGGGGUGAGUUUUCAGGGCACACAUUGGGCCCCUUGAUAAAAGUGGAGCAACGUUUUAAUGCCACAGGAUGUCUAAACAUCAUUGCCAAUCAGGUGCGUCCCUUUAUGGCAGCAAUGUAUCCAGCUGCAAAUUUAUGUUUUCAGCAGGAUUAUGCCCCAUGACACAAGGUUUGUCCAGUAAUUGUUCCACGAACAUACGUGAAUUCAGUUUACUGCAGUGGCCUGUCGAGUCACCAGAUCUCAAUCCAAUUGUGCAUCUGGGAGGAGAUGGAAGGAGCUAUUCGGAGUAGAAAUCCACUCCCAGCCAACCCGACACAACUGUGGGAAGCAUUGGAGUCAUCAUGGCCCAGCAUCCCUGUGGGUUUCUUUCCACACCAGGUGGAGUCCAUGGCCUGACGAAUUGAGGCUGUUCUGAGGACAAAGGGAAUAGCAACUCAAUAUUAGGAAGGUGUUCCUAAUGUUUUGUACACUCAGUGCAAAAGGAAAGUGUUCAGACCCCUGGACUUUUUCCACAUUUUGUUACGUUACAGCCUUACAUUUUAUUAUUGUAACAGUCCUGACCUGUUUUAUGUUGUUUUUUAUGUGUUUAUGGUCAGGGCAUGUUUUUGGGUGGGCAGUCUAUGUUAUCUGUUUCUAUGUUGGUUGUGGUUGCCUGGUAUGGCUCUUAAUUAGAGGCAGGUGUUUUGCGUUCUCCUCUAAUUAAGAGUCAUAUUUAGGUAGGGUGUUCUCACUGUUUGUUUGUGGGUGAUUGUCUCCUGUGUCGUGUCGAUGUAUGUACCAUACGGGACUGUUUGGCUGUUCGUUUUCGUUUCGAUGUCGUCUGUUUCCUGUCCGUGAGUUUACGUGUAGUUAUGUAAGUUUAUGUUCAGGUUUCGUCAACGUCGUUUUCUUGUUUUGUAAAUUUGAAAGUGUUUUGUGUUUCGUGUUGCCAUCGUCGUAUUUAAAAUAAAAGAUGGCUUAUUUCCCUGAAGCUGCAUUUUGGUCUGAAGAUCCUUCUCUCCUCACCUCGUCCGAGGAUGAGGAGAGAGACAGCCCUUACAAUUAUAUUUAAAUUUUAAAUAAUCCUAAAUCUACACACACACCCAUAAUGACAAAUCGAAAACAUUUUUAUUGUUGUUGCAAAUAAUAAAUAAGUAUUCAUA